AAAAAUAAAGAGCAACAAUGGCGGCGUGUCCACAUUAAAAUUUGUGAAAAUUCUCUAAAAUUUAUGAUAAAACUGUUAUCACAAGUAAUUUAAGCCUGCACAGUGUAAUGUUAAUCCUUAAGAAUGUCGGGGGAGAGUUGGAAACUUGAGCAGAAUUUGUGUCGCUGCUGCCACAGCGAGGGCGCGCAUAAAAACUUGUCCGAGGCUUGUAUUGACGGGGAAGACGAAAUUUUAUCAGACAUGUUACACGAUACGCUAGAUAUUACUAUAAACCCGGUCACGGGCCCUCUCGGCCUGGUCACGUACACGAUAUGCGAGCCGUGCAUGAUGCGGUUGCAGGACGCGUGGAGCUUCAAGCAGCAAGUGGUGGACUGCGAACGACGCUUCCACGAAUUAUACAGUAGAAACGCUUUGAAAAUGGAUCCGGACAAUGUCAUCGUAGUAGAUGUGAAGCAGGAAGUCGAUGUGCCUAUUGUUGUCAAGACCAGUCCAAACGAAGGUGUCAAAGAAGAAAGGCUACACAGUGACGAUGACGAUUUCCUACCAGUUGACGACGUCCAAUCUGACAUAUCCGACCAAGAACAGACCAAAAAGAAGCGCAAGCCCCGCGGCCGGCCCAAAGCCCCGCCCAAGAUCAAAAGAACGCCCCGCCACGCCCAGAACAAGACGCAGAAGGUGGACGACUCGACGGCGGACGACGGGAAGGAGAAGAAAGAUGCACCAACGAACUCGGCAUUGCUUGGUUCCACUGUCUGCCUGAGCAACAGUAAGAUAUGUAAGUCAUACACCUGCAUCGAAUGCGGCAAAAAAGAGGACAAGCCGGGCAAAGUGAAAGAUCACAUAUACAAAAGCCACUUAGAAAACGCCACGACUACGACUUGCUUUUGUAAGAAAAAGUUUGGAAACCAGACCCGACUGGACUACCAUAUCAAGAAUGUGCACACGCUGUUUGAAUGCAACGUAUGUGCUAAAGGUUUUAUGAAGAAAAAGCUGCAGCGUCAUAAGGCUGAAGUUCACGGCCUGCCUAAGAAGUUGCCCACUUGUGGUGUUUGCGGGUAUAAGUGUAUGACAGAACACUUGUUAGUGGAGCAUCAAAGGCGCGUGCACUUGAAAGAGAAAAACGUCCAGUGCCCCCAAUGCGGGGAAAUGUUUUUCGACAACGGAUACUUGAAGUUGCAUCAGGUGAAACACAAUCCAGUGAUGAAGUUUAAAUGUAGAUUCUGCAAUAAGACAUACCCGCGUAAUCAUACCCUGAGUAGGCAUGAGAAGAUUCACACUAAGGAUAUGAGGAAAAAGUGUGAGGUUUGCGGGCAGAUGUUUGUUCAGAAGGCAAGUCUGAGUUACCAUAUGAAGAAGUAUCAUCCGGAAAAAGUUUAAUAAGCUAGAUUCCUAAAAAAAAACUUUUAAUGCGCUAUUAUAAAAAAUAUUGGACACGUGUAUUUUUAUUUGUCAAUCAAACAUGUAAUUACGAAAUUAUAGUGCGUUGAAGUUCUGUGUGACGUCACAAAGUGCUACACUUAAGCACGCUUUGACUUCACGGGCAUCUUCUUUUGAACUCGCGCUUUAUCUCUUUCAAUUUUCAUUAGUUUGAAAAAGUGUACGUGUCGAGUAUUUUUUGAUAAGUUAACUGAAGGAGUAAUUUAAACUAUUGCUUUUUUACCUAAGAAACAUCCCUCCCUAUUAAUUAUGAUCAUCAUUAAUAGGGAUCAUAUGGGUUAAGAUGCGCGCCGUGAUAAAAUGUUAUCGAUUAUUUCAGACGACAAACGUAUUAUCACGUAAAAUAGAUAAAGCUUAUCGCGACGCGCGUCCUAGGCCUUACAGUGGGCUGAGUGUGAGUUUACGUUAAAAGUCCUCACUAGUGAGCGCAUUAAAAAAUGUAUGAAAAUUUUAGUUCUUCAAAGUUUCCACUAAGGGCCCUGUACAAUCAGUCAUACUUUUAAUGCCAUUUUUUUACGCUCUCACGCCGCCGCUCACUAGUGACGACGUUUGAAGUAAACUCACACUAAGCCUCAUGUAGUGGAGACUACAUGACUCAGGUCAUGUAGUCUCCACUACAUAAGCCCUAUCUUAUUUACCAAAGGUAAAUGGAGGAAUUUGAUUACACUCCUCAAGCUCUGGCCAUACGAGUUGGAGACACCUAAUGAACGCAUUAUUUGUUGCAUUUUUGUUAUAUUUGAUUGAAAAAAGAGGGGUUCUCUGUCUAUGACAUCAUAGCUGCUAAACGACUGAAGCGAUUUUCAUUUUGUUUUUUUUUGUAUGAAAAGUUUUUCAAGCGCAAGUGUUCUUAGCUAUGUUUGAUGAAAAUCGGCUGAGCCGUUCAAAAUUUAUUUGGGUAAAAUUACCCGAGUGAGGAUGUGCGUUACAAAUUUGAAUGUUGAAUUAAUGAUUAGUUGAUGAUUAAAUUGCAAAUAAAAAUGUAAUUAAUAAUUUGAAAACCCCCAACAUAAAUGAAAUGGUCUGCUGACUUACAUAAGCGGCCGAUAUUGUAACUUUCAACCUUACUGGCGCCAUUUCAACUAGAUAACCUUAUUUUUUACUUUUCAUCAAGUUUUUUUAUUUUUUUGCGUUGGGGUUUUUUUAAUUUUUUAUUUAAAGAUCAUAAGUUAGUACAGUCAACGUCAAAUAAUUCGUGUCGUGACACCCAAAGUGCCAAAAGAUUCGUUACACGUCUUUGUUACAAUUGGAAUAAGGUUGUGUUAUGAUAAGUGCCACUAAUAGUGGUCUAAAUUGAAUAAAGUAUUUAUGAUUUUGAUUUUGUUGUCAAUCGAUUGGCCACUUUGGGUGUCACGAACAAUUUGACGCUGACUAUACCAUGUAAAGAAAUGUCACAAAGAUUGCGUUCAUGUUAACUAUAUUGUGGUAUUUUACUGAAAAUUCUGUAAGUUGCCGUUCCAAUAAUAUACGUAUUUUCUUAAGAU